CCCAGAGCCCCCCGGCGCCCAGCCCUCCUUACAGCCUAGAAAAAAUGACAGAUCUUGUAGCUGUUUGGGAAGUUGCUUUAAGUGAUGGAGUUCAUAAAAUUGAAUUUGAACAUGGGACUACAUCAGGCAAGCGAGUGGUGUAUGUAGAUGGGAAGGAAGAGAUAAGAAAAGAAUGGAUGUUCAAACUGGUAGGCAAAGAAACCUUCUGCGUUGGAGCCGCAAAGACCAAAGCAACCAUAAGUAUUGAUCCCGUCCGUGCUUUUGCUUAUGAAUAUACUCUGGAAAUUAAUGGGAAGAGUCUCAAGAAGUAUAUGGAGAACAGAUCAAAAACCACCAGUACUUGGGUAUUACAUUUGGAUAGUGAGGACUUUAGAGUUGUGUUAGAGAAAGACACUAUGGAUGUAUGGUGCAAUGGCAAAAAAAUGGAGACAGCGGGUGAAUUUGUAGAUGAUGGGACCGAAACUCACUUCAAUAUUGGGAAUCAUGACUGUUACAUAAAGGCUGUUAGUAGCGGCAAGCGGAAAGAAGGGAUUAUUCAUAGUCUCAUUGUGGAUAACAGAGAAAUCCCGGAGAUUCUGAAAUGACUUCAUGUUAAUGAAUUUUAAUCUUAAGAAGUAAAGAUCAGGACUUUUAAAUUACUGUGGUAAUUAAAUAUGCUUAGUAUGUACUUUUCAGUACAGCUAGUCACCUUGUUUUUAUUUUAUAGUUACUUGAAACUAGUGUUUUAAGCAUCAGGAAAAAAAUAUGUAUCAUAAAAAUUGCAAUCUAUUUUGUAAAUAAUAUAAAAUGUUUUAAAGUCAAAUGGAAAAUAAGAUAUGGACUAAAAAAUCGCUAAUGUUUUACAGGAGCAACUUUUACUAUAAUAAACACUAUAAAAUAACAUCAGUGCUACUUGAUUUG